ACACCAGAGGAAGAAGAAGAAGAAGGAGAAGUAGCGGAAGGGGAAAGAUAGUAUUUGGUCAGGACGAGUUUUUCUGAAGGCUUAUUGGGUAGUCUUUUGCUUUUUCGAGUUUUCAAUGAAAAUUGCCUUUAAUACAAAGUCUCCAUGCAUGUCGAAGCCACUAGGAGGGAAACGUGACGCCUUCUGUGCGUGGAAAAGUCUUGGAAUAAUAUUUGAUAAGAGAGUUUCGACUCAGGUGAAUACCUCACUGGGAACUUAACAAGGCUUCAGCAUGUCAUAUCCUCAUGAUCAACCAUUCCUCAGACAGACUUUUGAGGAGCGUUUUUCACUUCCAGAUGUAAGAGAGGUGACAGUUCAUCGAGUUAUAAACAUCGUUGAGAAGAAGCCCUCCGUGCCAUGGCAAGCUGCGGAAUAUGAGCAAGGAUAUGAUCACGAUCCUCACUACAGUGAUCCUAGUCCUAGAAAUUACGAUACAAGAAGGUGUCAUGAAGAAGACAGUUUCUUAUCCAAUGAUUAUCAGUACUAUGAAGAACAUCCUGACUAUAAUGCCUUUUACAGAAGUGACACACCACCAAGAAAUGAAGCUUACUCCUCUCAACAGUAUUAUGGCCGAGAUGAUCUGAGGCAUCAACUAAGUUCAAGGAACCGGGGCAGAGCACUUUUUGCCCGAAAGAGAGGUCAAGGGUCAGGCCGUCCUCCAAGGUCUGGCCCCAGAAUCCGGGAGGACCAAAGCUACAGAAACUCAAAGUCUUUUGCCACAAAACGGGAACCCUCUCCUCCGAGAAACAAAGCCCAGCAGUCCACAGCUGCACGCUCCAGAUCCAACUCCAGGAACAGGAGCUUCUCCCCAGACAAAGACAAAGGCCACAGCUAUCAGAAGCAGCAACAACAUGAGCAUCAUGAAAAGCUUAAAGAGAAGACCGACAUGGUGAAGAGCCAAACUCCCAGCAGCCCCAUUAGAGACUCUCUUCAAAGUCCAAACUCUUCAGAGGAAAAACCUUUCACCUCGGCAGCGGAGGUGGAGAAGGGGGAGGCGGAGGCAGCGGCUGCCAGCUUGGAGCCAGAAGUGACACCGGAGGAAGACGUGAAGGCUCGCCGGUGGGAGGCCAUAAAUGCUAAAGUUCUGGAAAUUGAGAAGCAUUACAGACAGGACUGUGAGACAUUUCGCACCGUGGUGAAGAUGCUGGUAACCAAAGAGCCCAGUUUGGACACUCUGCUGCAGAGCUCGCUGGAUAAGAAUCUUCUGGAGCUCAGACAGCGCUGCCUUGAAUCACUGAAGAAUUUUGUGACUGAGCUGGAUGAGAUUUUAGAGCAGCCCGAUAACUCCAAUUAAGCCACUCAUGUCAUAACUUUAAAGAGAUGACAUGGACACAAGUCGAAAGUUAUGGACAGAAUGAUUAAAAAAACUUGAAUAAAACAUGUCAUAAAAGCAUCUUGUUAAAGAUGAGCCCAAAAACGUAUUGCUUUUAAACUUAAUAGCCCAUUAGAUUUAUGUGUUGUAACCAGUAUUUAUUGGUAUUGUAAUCUAGGUCAAGUACAGAUUCAGAGAAUAAUUACCUUUUAAACUGUAAACCUUUUGUUUUUUUCACUCUAAAUGUGUCAAAACUGCUUAAGUCAUUACAUACAGGCGUCAACAUGAACUGAUACAAGUUACAUGUUUUAUAUCUAAAGUGAAAUAAGCUUUGCUGUUUAUGUGAGACAGAAAACGGACCUUAGUAAUAUAGCUGUUUAGCUACUGAAUUUAAAUGAAAGCCUCUUCUCUGUAUUGUAGUUACAAUUUUACACAUGUAUUCUUUAAUCCAUUGCCUUUUUACUUUUUAAUAAUUCCUGUGCAUUGUUUUAACUGAAAAUGAGCUUCUUGUAGUUUUGAUUCAUAAAUUGCCAUUUUAAAAUAAAAGAAGGGACUUAUGAAGAAAA